GAGCGCCACCGGAAGUCUCGUGGGGACGGAGCGUUUUCGUAGAGACACUAACUGGGGCGACCAGCCGCGAACCCUAAGAGACAGUGGCGGAGGCAACAGAAGCGCCGGGCAGGGACCCGGGAUAAAUGCCAAUCUGAAGCUCAGACGCACAGAACUGGAGAGCAGUUGGGAGGAAACGAGAUCCGAUCCCAGAGCUCUGUCCUCGUGGAGUUGGCUGGCUCUCCAAAAGCUCCGAGCAGAAAAGGGAGGCAGCACUUAAGCAAGUCUGGGGAUUCUGGGUCUCUACUUCUCCACGUCCUGGGAAGGUGUGACUCAGGUUGGCCUCCUGGCUGUAAAGUGGGACGAUUAAUCCUCACCUCCGUCGGUGGGGAAACUGUGGAGCGGCACGAGAAAGCCGCGUGCUCUCAACUAAGGCCGCCAGACCCAUCCUGGCCCGGAAGCAUCUUCUCGCAUCGCAGUUUUCUGGGGCGGAAUCUUCGUUCUUUUCUGUACUUGAGAAUUUAGAACCGACCCUCGGCCGCUGGUUCCACACUCCUCGCCCCCGGCUGGGGGCGUACCCGGAAGUGCUCCUACGGAAACCGGUGGGGCUGCUCGCGGCUCUUCACCAUGGGGACCGCGGCGGCUCCUGUGCGCUUCUGCCGCUGCGCUUGCUUCUGCUCUGAGAACCUGUACGUGGCGCGCUAUGCGCUGCACGUGCGCUUUCGGAACGAGCAGCAGCUGCGCCAGGACUACGGCCCGAUCUUGCGCAGUCGAGGCUGUGUCAGCGCCAAGGACUUCCAGCAGCUGUUAGGAGAGCUUGAGCAGGAAGUGGAGCGGCGGCAGAGGCUGGGGCAGGAGUCAGCUGCCAGGAAAGCCCUCAUUGCAAGUUCCUACCACCCCGUUCGGCCUGAUAUCUACAGCUUGCUGCAGGAUGAGGCUCUGGCCCCCGAGUUUCUGGCUGCAGCUGAGUACAGCACGUCACCAGGCGCAGACCUCAAGGGCCUUCUCCAGCGGCUGGAGACAGUGUCAGAGGAGAAGCGUAUCUACCGGCUGCCAGUGUUCACAGCGCUGUUCUGCCAGGCGCUGCUGCAGGAGCUGGAGCACUUCGAGCAGUCAGACUUGCCCAAGGGAAGACCCAACACCAUGAACAACUAUGGGGUGUUGCUCUACGAGCUGGGCCUGGAUGAACCGCUGGUGACACCACUGCGGGAGCGCUUCCUGCAGCCACUGAUGGCCCUGCUGUACCCAGACUGUGGUGGGGGCUGGCUGGACAGCCACCGUGCCUUCGUGGUCAAAUAUGCACCAGGCCAGGACCGAGAGCUGGGUUGCCACUAUGAUAAUGCCGAGCUCACCCUCAACGUGUCCCUGGGCAAGGCCUUCACAGGGGGCGCCUUAUACUUUGGAGGCCUCUUCCAGGUGCCUUCAGCCCUGGCCCAUCCGCUGGAGGUGGAGCACGUGGUGGGCCAGGGCAUCCUGCAUCGGGGGGGCCAGCUGCACGGGGCCAGGCCCCUGGGCACCGGUGAGCGCUGGAACCUGGUUGUCUGGCUCCGGGCCUCUGCUGUGCGCAACCGCCUCUGCCCCAUGUGCUGCCGCAAGCCCCAACUGGUGGACGACGAGGGCUUCGGCGAUGGCUUCACUCGCGAGGAGCCUGCCACAGUGGACUUGUGUGCGCUGACCUGAGCCUGGUUGGAUCCAGCAGAAAUAAACACCCUGCAACCCUCAGUACUUCUUGGAUCAAAAGGAUGUGCAGGCUUCUGGGUCAUUCUUUCAGUAGACAGGCUGGCUUAGGUCAGGGUUUUGUUUGUUUGUUUUUGCCACCCCUAAGCAUAUGGAGUUCCCAGGCCAGGGAUCAGAUCCAAGCUGCAGUUGCAACCUAUGCCGCAGCUGUGGCAAUGCCAGAUCUGUGCCGGGUCGGGGAUUGAACCUGUGUCCUGGCACUGCAGAGAUGCUGCUGAUCCCAUUUUGCACCACAACAGGAACUCCCUUAGGUUGGGCUUGUUAGAACCAGAGCCUGAGAUGGGGAUUCCUGUGCAAGUGGUUUAAGGAGGGAAUACUCUCAGGAGAAGGGGAACCAGGAUAGGGCAGAAGCAGCUGGGCCAAAUGUGGUUUCAAGAAGGAUCCAGCUUCAGCCCAAUCUUAUAGGCUCUUUGCAGCAUGAAUGGUACCACAGUUUGCCCCCAACAUCAGUUAACUGGCUUUAAGGUAUUUCAGGGUAGGGAGGGGGUGAGUAACUUCCCAGACAUCCAUCUCCAGUGGCCAAGGGAGUCGUUCAGAGAAGGGCACAGGUGUGAGGUGUCAGCAGCAAAUACCACGGCUUGGGGCGAGUACACCUGUCUACAAAGAGGAUUUGGGCCAGCCACCUAAGACAUCUUCUGGAUGGUACAGAGGGGUUACUGCAGAGGGAUUAAAAGCAGGGACUCUGGAGCCAGACUGCCUGGGUUCUAAUUCUGAUUUGAUCACUUCCACCUGUGACUGUGGGUAAGCUGUGUGACCUCUCUGUGCUUUACUUUCCUCACCUGGUGAGUAUGGCCUAGAGUUGUUCUGGGGCUUCAUGUUUAUAAAGUGAUUUUUAACA